UGUCCUCCUCAGAGCCGCUGCCAGCCGCAGAUAUGGUAUCAUGUGUCUCCGCAGAGGCUUACUGGAAGCUGCUGAAUGUCGUGAAAUGACUCAACAUUACUCCGCCUACGACUCGUUCUGUGGAAGUUCACCAAGCCCACUGGUUGUAGUUUCUGUUUUCACGGACAGAUAAACGCUCGGAGCCCUGGUGCUGCGUUCACGGUCUAAAGCGGCUUCCCGAGGCUGCAGAGCGCACGGAGCCUGGUCCAAAAGGUGCGCGUUAAACCAACACCAAAGCUCAUCCACAGUCACCUCAUGAGAGCACAGCAGCCCUGAUGUGUGUCACCAUUACGAACAGUCAUGUGUGGACUUGAACGUGACGGCAGGAAAUCAAACUACUCCUCCGCUUCGUGGCCAAUCGUGCGCAACAGGGAAGUGAGUCCAACCUACUUUCUGCGUUGCUGAAAGUUGUCUGCGCCCUGUGGGAUCUGCUUGGAGCUCAAAGUGCACCUUUAUUCUCUUCUUCGGGUUUAUUUGACGGUAAAUGUCCCAGCUUUCAAGCGGAAAACAUCAACGUUCAACUCGGUGAUGGAGGCAGGAAGGGUUCAGUAGGCUGCUGGUGCCAGGCGGAGAAGUUGUUGAGGUAGAACGAGGAGGAAGACACGACGACCACAGCGGUUUUUCAAUGUGUUGAAAUCUCUGUCUAACUGAAGCCCUGCUUGAUCAUGGCCCAGUGGAUACACAUGUACCAGAUGCUGCAGUGUCUGCCUGAUGAGACAGUCAACAGCCUUUAUCCUCCAUCCACCUUCCCCAUCGAAGUCCGACAUUAUGGAGCUGAUUGGAUCGAGAGCCAAAGAUGGGAGGACUUUUCUCUGGAAAAGAUGGAUCAGGAGAGCAAGGCUCAGACUCUCCUGGAACAAACCGUCAGCAUGCUGCAGACAAUCGCUCAGCAGAAAACCGACGUAGUGGAGAGGAUGAAGCUGAUGCAGAUCAGCAGGAACAUGGCGAUGUUUCAGCCGCAGCCUCUGCAGUUUGUAGUAAUGGUCAGAGACAUCCUCAGGAAGGAAAGGGUUCUGAUCAGUGCGAACAACGCUCCGCAGUACCAGAUGUACCCGAGCAGAGACAACAUGCAGGACGUGGAGCAUCUGGGUGUGAAGGUGCUGGAGGUCCAGGAGAUCCGGAAGAAGAUGCAUCAGCUGCAAGAAGAGCUGAACUGGGAGAGGCAGAACUAUGAGAGCUUACAAGGACCAUUCCAGCAGAAUGGACUGGAUUCAGCACGACCAGAAAUCCAGAAGCUCCAGAACCACAUCCAGCAGCUGGAGUUCAAUGUGAACUCGAUGGCCACGAAGCGUUUCCAGCUGCUGAAGGACUGCGUGGACUGUUUGGACCUCUGUCAGAGCCGACUCAUCACCCGGCUGAAGGACUGGAGGUGGGAGCAGCACAAGGCAGCCAUCGGACAUCCCUUCGAUGACAACCUCAUCCCCCUGCAGAACUGGUGUGAGCAGCUGCUUGGGAUGAACGGGAACCUGAGACAAGAGCUGAUGUUGAUCGGGGAACGGACCUUAGACCUCCAGGAAAGACUGGGCCAGCUUCUGCAGGUCCUGAUUCAGAGCUCUCUUGUAGUGGACAAGCAGCCCCCUCAGGUCAUUAAGACUCAGUCGAAGUUCUCCACGACUGUGCGAUAUCUGCUGGGGGAGAAAGUAGCUCCCGGGAAGCCUGUGGUGCUGAAGGCGCAAAUCAUUAAUGAGCUGCAGGCCAGAAACCUGGGCAGCGUACCAGGGGAUAAUGUUGGGGAGCUGAUCAACAACUCGGCCAUCCUUGAACACAACACAGCCAGCAAGAGCACAUGUGCCACCUUCAGAAACAUGUCCAUCAAGAAAAUCAAGAGAGCAGACAGGAAAGGAUCAGAGUCUGUGACCGAGGAGAAAUUUGCCCUUCUGUUCUCCACAGAGAUCACCAUCACAGGCUGCGACACUCCUUACAGGAUACAGAUGAUCUCUCAGCCGGUGGUCGUCAUCGUUCACGGCAGCCAAGACAACAACGCUGUGGCCACCAUCAUAUGGGACUGUGCAUUUUCUGAACGAGACAGAGUUCCCUUCGUGGUGCCGGAGCGUGUGCCCUGGAGGAUGAUGUACAGCACCCUCAACAGUAAAUUUACCUCUGAGGUACAGACGCAACAUAAUCUGGACAACUACAACCAGCACUUCUUGGCCCAGAAGAUAUUUGACAAGCCCGACUUUGCUGAAGACUUCAGCAACAUGAUGGUUUCCUGGGGCCAGUUUAAUAAGGAGGUGCUCCCGGGGCGACCCUUCACUUUCUGGCAGUGGUUUGAGGGAGUGAUGGAACUAACCAAGAAACACCUGAAGACCUACUGGAGCGAAGGGCUGAUAUUCGGUUUCAUUGGGAAGCAACAUCUGCACCUGAUUCUCAAAGACAGGCCCAAUGGGACGUUCCUUCUUCGCUUUAGUGACUCUGAGAUAGGAGGCAUCACCAUCGCUUAUGUGUCUGCUACUGAAAACGGGGGACAGAAAAUCCAGAACAUCCAGCCUUUCACCAAGAGGGAUCUUGAGAUCCGUAGCCUCGGCGACCGCAUCCGGGACAUCAGCGGCAUCACGUACCUGUAUCCCGAUUUUCCUAAACAUGACGUUUUCAAAAAAUACUACUCGGAGCCUCAAGUGCCCUCCGUCUUGGGCUACAUCCCUGUGUCCCUCCAUACUAAAGUCGGCAUGGAUACCACGCUUAUGGGUCCUAAUAUGGCUCCUCAUGCUGAAAACUCUCACUUCUCUGUGGAUACAUCGGCCCUGGGUGCUAAUCUGGCACCCCUCAAUGAAAACCAUACCAGUGCCUUUCUAGGGGAUGCCACGCCCUCGCCUCCCAAUAUGGCUCCUCUAAAUGAAAACUCUCACAUGGGCUUCAACGUGCAUACAUUCCCGUCACCGUUCAACUCACCGGAGAUUCCUUCAGACAUAAUUGAAUCUCCCACUACCCCUCACCACAUUCCUGAGGGGACCGAUAUGGACAUAGACUUGGAAAGCAUUAUUAAGACGUUACAAAGCGACUGAAGCCUCAUCUGCCUUACCUUCACGUGAUGGACGUGCCCUCGUCUGUGCAAAGUCUCUUCUUUCGACACCUACACUUUCAUGUACUUUUGAGUUAAAACUCCGGGAGACAAAUUUGAUUUCUGUGGGACUCAACGUGCUGAGCUGAUGCUGCGAGAAAGCAGGAAGUCAUUUCAAGGACAAAAUGAAACUGAGAACAAACGAGAAGGAAAAGGCUGUCGUAACAUCAGCGUCUCCUUGCGCUCGUCUCCGGGAGCCUUUUGUUUCCCUCACCUGGUGGUCGGUUUGUCAGUGUUGACUUCUUUUACUUACUUUGCCUCUGUAGAGCAGUAGAAGCAGGUUGCUGUAGAGAUUACAGUGCUCUUUCAACAACAAGCAUGGAAUAUGUUGUAUGUUGUCCUCUGUGCUUGCUGUAUAUUUUUUUAAGUGAAGAUGAAUCAAGCAUAUUUCAAUAGUAUUUCCAUACUGUGUAUAACCUCAGUCACAGCGUAUUGUACACUCAGUGAUACUCGGUAUGUAUGGUGGCUAAUCAGUUACGUGUCAAGCAGAGUUUUUGGCCCUUAUUUGUUCUAUGCUACGAUAAAAAUUAGGAACACAAAGGAAACAAUAAGCUUUUCCAUCACUGUUAACUGUGAAAUUAUCCCACACAUAUUUACAAUGUUUUUACACGUACACAAGGCGUAGACUUAGACUUACAGAAGUGGUGACGGUGGUGGGUAAGGCUUAUAUAACUGGCUUAUAUUAUUUCUCUAUCAAUGAAACAGUCAUUUGUGUUUUCUUUUAUAUGUACAUACUUACAGCAAGCUUUCGUUGGUUAAUUUUAGUCAGUAUUUUGUAUGUUUAUUCUUUCUCAACUACUUAAUGGUGAAAAUAUAAAUUUUAUUUCUCAUUUUGAUGCCCUGAUGCAGAAAGAAACACACACAAAAAAGACACGCGAGUGAUGAAACUGUGAUUUUAAAAAAACUAAAAGUAUAUUCCCUAUAUGCUGAAACAAAAAUUCUAAACUUUAAUUUUAUUUUUUUAUUGUUGUAGUGUUGAUUUAAAGGGGGAGUCUGGACAGAGAUAGUUUAUUUUUUACAAAACUGGCGCUGUGUGUGAGGAAUUAUUGAUUGUAUUUGUCAGUGUCUAUUGACAUUGCGUAUUCCACCUUUAAGUAUCGCAUAACAUGUAUAUUUACAGUUUUGAUGUUUUUGGGAUAUGGUUUUAAAGAUUAAAUAGAAACUAGAGUAAAGCACCUCUGCAGUUAUUAGGAAACAUCACAGUAAAGAACAAUAUUACUCUCAAAUUGGUCCUGGGCGUCUUUCAAAUCAUACUCCUCAUAAACUAACUUUUGUUUUUAUAGCAGGCUUUGCACUAUCUACCAUCACUGUCAGCAUCAUGCAUGUAAUAAUAUAACAGUGUGUUGGAUGUUUCAUGUUCCAUAUACCCUUAUUCAACCUUUUAUAACUCGUAGACUGACUUUGGAUAAGCAAACCUGAUGCUACUACUACAAUUCAUCUUUCACUGUGGUGACAAUUAAAACCUCAGUUUUUCUCAAAAUA